CGUGAAGUUCGGUGGACCGGGUCUAGCAGGCUGUGUUUGCAGAUUCUGGAAAAGAAGUAUUUUCUGGACUUCAGAAUUUCAGGAGAGAGGUGAAAGAGUAUAUUGCAACUUUGCAUAAAGUCUGUAGUCAAGGGUACUGACUGGAUUAAACCACAGGAAGUGACCUGUUGAGAACAGUGACACAAACGUUGGAAAUAACCUGCUGUUUUGCACCAAGGGUGGGACACAAUGUCACAAGUCACAACCUCUUAUUCCUAUGAUGCUCCAACGGACUUCAUCAAUUUUUCAUCUUUGACUGAUGAGGAAGAUACGCAACACAUAGAUUCCUGGUUUGAUGAGAAGGCUAAUUUGGAGAAUAAGUUUCCUGGGAAGGAUGGUACAGGAGGGCUUUUUCAGGGCAAAACACCUCUGAGGAAGGCUAAUCUUCAUCAAGAUGUCACACCCUUGAGGCCAGUUGAUAAUACUUACAACAUACAAGCAGAAAAAGAAAAUUUGGUGGAAGAGUCCAUUCCAUCAAAUGAAUGUCCUUCUAUGAAAGUCAAAGAAACCACAUCAAGAAAUAAUCAAGCUCAGCCUCAGAGAAGAUCUCUCAGACUCUCUGCUAAGAAGAAUUUGGAACAGAAAGAAAAGCAGCAUGUAAAAAUGAAAGCCAAGAGAUGUGGUACUCCUGUAAUCAUCAAUGAAUUUCCACCCUCCAAAAAAAUGAAAGUUUCUCACAAUAAAAAGAAGUUAGAAGAAGAGGAAGAAGGCAAUGCUUGUCAAGAUAUUUCUGAAAAGAAUGAAUCUUCCCCAGGAAAAGCCAAGGGCAGACAUACUGCACCUUGUAUCCCACCUGUAAGGCAGAAGAUUCUAAAAAGUACUGAGGAGCAAGAGUUGGAGAAGAGAGUGAAAAUGCAGCAGGAAGUGGUAGAGAUGCGGAAAAGGAAUGAAGAAUUCAAAAAGUUUGCUCUUGCAGGAGCAGGACAACCUGUGAAGAAAUCAGUGAGCCAGGUAACCAAAUCAGUUGACUUCCACUUCCGCACAGAUGAGCGGAUCAAACAGCAUCCUAAAAACCAGGAGGAGUAUAAGGAAGUGAACUUUACAUCGGAACUGCGAAAGCAUCCUCCAUCUCCUGCCCGAGUGACUAAGGGGUGCACCAUUGUUAUGCCUUUCAACCUGUCACAAGGAAAGAAAAGAACAUUUGAUGAGACGGCUUCUACCUACGUUCCCCUUGCACAGCAGGUCGAAGCAUUCCAUAAACGAACCCCUACCAGAUACCACCUGAGGAACAGGAAGGAUGAUAUUAUGCCAUUACCCUCCAAAUCUGUGGUCAGAAUAUGCAGAGACCCACAGACUCCUGUGCUGCAAACCAAACAUCGUACACGGCCUGUGACCUGCAAGAGUGCAGCGGAUCUGGAGGCCGAGGAGCUUGAGAAGCAGCAACAAUACAAAUUCAAAGCACAGGAACUUGAUCCCAGAAUUCUUGAAGGUGGGCCCAUCUUGCCUAAGAAACCGCCUGUGAAGCCACCUACUCAGCCUGUUGGCUUUGAUUUAGAAAUUGAGAAAAGAAUCCAGGAGCGGGAGUCAAAGAAGAAAUUGGAAGAGGAACACUAUGAAUUUCAUUCCAGGCCCUGCCCUACUAAGAUCUUGGAAGAUGUUGUGGGUGUUCCUGAAAAGAAAGAGCUUCCAAUCACUGUUCCAAAGUCACCAGCCUUUGCUCUGAAGAACAGAAUCAGAAUGCCCACCAAAGAAGAUGAGGAAGAGGAGGAGCCAGUAGUGAUAAGAGCUCAACCUGUGCCAUAUUUUGGAAUGCCUUUUAAGCCCCAGAUCCCAGUGGGGAGAACUGUGGAAGUAUGCCCUUUUUCUUUUGAUUCCCGGGACAAAGAACGUCAGUUACAGAAAGAGAAGAAAAUAAAAGAACUCCAGAAAGGAGAGGUGCCCAAGUUCAAGGCACAUCCUUUGCCUCACUUUGACACCAUUAACCUGCCAGAAAAGAAGGUGAAGAAUACCACCCAGGUUGAGCCAUUCUGCUUGGAGACGGACAGAAGAGGUGCCCUGAAGGCACAGACUUGGAAGCACCAGCUGGACGAAGAACUAAAGCAGCAGAAAGAAGCAGCUUGCUUCAAGGCUCGUCCAAACACUGUCAUCUCCCAGGAGCCCUUUGUUCCUAAGAGAGAGAAAAAAUCCAUUAUCGUUCAGGAACCUUUUCAGCUGGCGACAGAGAAGAGAGCCAAGGAGCGGCAGGAGCUGGAGAAAAGAAUGGCUGAGGUGGAGGCCCUGAAAGCCCAGCAGCUAGAGGAAGCCAGGCAGCAGGAGGAAGAGCAGCAGAAGGAGGAGUUGGCCAGACUACGGAAAGAACUGGUACACAAAGCAAAUCCAAUACGAAGAUACCAGGGUGUGGAAGUCAAGUCCAGUGACCAGCCCCUGACUGUGCCUGUCUCACCCAAGUUCUCUACCCGAUUCCACUGCUAAACUUUUCUUUGAGCUGCAGACACCAUCUGGGAACCUGAGCUGCUUUUUCCAUCAAACCAGGAGCCACCUUUGUCAUGGGGGCAUAGAGAGAAUCCAUUUCUCCAGGCUUUUUCCUACCCAUGCCUUACAGAGCAUGCCUGACAAGUGUGGACUCCCAAUUUCAUUGAGAGUUGUUUUCCUAUAUUAUUGUGGCUAAUAAUGAGACUCAACUCAUGUAUGUCUCAACCAGACUCUUUGGAACCAUCAGUAUGAUGGUUGACCUUCAGUAUGGACCUUAAUUCUGACUAGAAUUUAAGCCUCUGUAUCAGCGCAGUGUAAUUUCUAUUGCCCUUA